GCCACGUGAUCUCCACAUCCUCCGACUCGGAGCUACAGGAAGGAGAAAGUCCGGCCGGGCUUCCUGGCGCUAUGAGGUUCCGGUUCUGUGGUGAUCUGGACUGUCCUGACUGGGUCCUGGCGGAGAUCAGCACACUUGCCAAGAUUUCCUCCGUGAAGCUGAGGCUGCUGUGCGGUCAGGUGCUGCAGGAGCUUCUGGGGCAGGGGAUGGAUUACGAGAAGGUCCAGAAGCUCACUGCUGAUGCCAGGUUUGAGUUGGGCGAUGUGAAAGCCACUGUGGCAGUACUGAGUUUCAUCCUCUCCAGUGCGGCCAAGCAUAGCGUGGAUGGCGAGUCCUUGUCCAGUGAAUUGCAGCAGCUGGGGUUGCCUAAAGAGCACGCAGCCAGCCUGUGUCGCUGUUAUGAGGAGAAGCAAAGCCCCCUGCAGGAGUACUUGCGGGCCUGCAGUUUGCGUGUAAAUAGGCUGGCAGGCACGGGCUGGCGGGUAGACUACAUCAUGAGCUCCAGCCUGCUACAGUCCGUGGAAGAGCCAAUGGUACACCUGCGGCUGGAGGUGGCAGCUGCCCCAGAGGCCCCAGCCCAACUUGUUGCCCUAUCCCUCUCAGCAGACAAGUUCCAGGUCCUUCUGGCAGAACUGAAGCAGGCCCAGACCCUGAUGAGCUCCCUGGGCUGAGGAGAAGAUUGUUGGUGGCCCACAUGGAGCUGCCCUACCCGAGUGAAGUUGUUGCCCUCGAACUUCUCUUCAGGACCCUGGAGGCCUGACCUCCUGGAUCUCUGGCUUUCUAGGUUCCUACUUGAAAAUUCAGCAUAGCGAUCCUGAGAACUUUUCCAGAAUUGUCUUCCCUCCCCCAUAAAAGAUACUUGUUGAUGGUUUUCCCAAGCAGGAAAAAUAAAUAGAAGUGUAAUGGAA